GUCUUAUCAAAAUUAAUAGUAAUAUAUUAUCAAAAAAGAAUCUCUUCUUACAAUGUACUAGUAUGGAAACUUGUGGCAACUUAGAGUAGAGAAUCAAACUGAUCUAAUCAUUCAAAAAAAGAGAAUAAAAAUGCAUGAGAUCUAUAUCUACCUAGGAAUCAUGUUUAUGCCAACAUACAAGCAUAGCCACACACCUUCUCAUGAUAUUGAAGACGACGAAGAUGAAGGCACUGAGCAUUUGGUGGAUGAGCUCCGUACGAAUGCAGGAGCUUUUGAGGAGGAAGCGCUUGUGGAGAAGCUUCUAGAGAACUUGGAUUUAGAUGAAGUUGAAGAAGAUGAACACGACGCAGCUAAUGCAUCCUUUUUCGACAGCCUCCACUUCUCGUCCAUCUUUGUGUUGCAGAAGAGAGAGGGAGAGAAUGAGAGCUUCUGACUCAGAUGGAGGGUUUCUGGUUUUAUUUUACUUUUAGUUUGAUUGUGAGUUUGUGGUGAUUGAGCCAGAAGGAGAGAUAGUGAUCUAGAGAGAUGGAGAGAGAGAGAGAAAGGGAAGCAAAGAGAGGGAUAGUGUCUCUCUGCUUAUGUCUACUAUAUAGUGAAUGCUUCCAAAAUAACUACUAAGUGGAAAUGGUGAAGGCAAGGGAAUGAAAUAGUUUAAGUUUAAA